UUGUGAAGUUUUAUUAAUCGAGAUUCGUUAUAUCCACACAUUGUAUUGCACUGAUACAUUGUUUAAUAAAUUUUAAAACUUUUAAGUGAUUGUGUAGUGUAUUGGUUAGUGUUUAUACCACAGCUGUUCGUUAUUUUUUGCUGGAAAAGAAAUAAAAAUGACACAGGCACUAGCGGCGCUGGCCGCUGUGUGCCUGUGCUUAACCGGGGGGGAGGCGCAGCCGACGGGCUGCAGCUUCGGCACCCACUACUGCCCCGAAGGUUUCUACUGCGAGCCCGACCUGCUGUACUGCCGCAAGUGUCUGCGCUGCGAGGACUUGAAGCGGGAAUCGCUACCCUCGCAGUCCUCUUGCGUCAAAUCUGUGUCUGAUUGUGGACCUUGCUACAAAGGAUUGGUGAUAGACCACCGUGGCGAUGUGAACUCGGCAUGUGUGCCGCGCGGCGAGCACGGCGCGGGCGCAGAAGAGACGGAGGGCUUCCCGGUGUACGGGUGGGUGCUGGUGACGUUGCUGUGCUUGCUCCUGCUGAUGCUGUUUGGCGGCAUCGUGUGGUACGUUCUCAAGCACCCCGACACGCUGAAGAUUCUCGCCUGUAAGUACCAUUACGUAACAGUAAGAUUUUUAAAUGUUAAGAUAAAUGACUGGUGUACACUACGGCAGUGA